GUGUCAAACUCAAAGUGAAAGUGUCUUGCUGAGGAGCAUAAAAGGAGUGUUCUGCAGCGCAUUAUUGCAUUGGCUCGUGUGGUGGAGAGAGGUGUUUUGUCUACGGCAUCAGCAGAAAUACUUCACCUGCAAGACCUGAGUAACUGCGAAAGAAAAUCCUGGACAAAAGAAUGCAGUCGUGCCAUGGGUAAAUUUCCUUCAAAGUGAGAAGCACAAGUGAGAGGAUUGAGAGUACAGCCACAAUGGAGGGAAUGGGCGAUGGAGAUCCACCUGGUCAUCAUAACCUUGGCGCCAAUAGAAACCGCCACGAAGAGACACAACAACAGACCUUGUUGGAGGAUCUGGGCUUGAAGCAGCGCUACACAGAGAAGCUAACACUGAGCGAAAUACUGCAGAUUGACCCGAAGGCCAUCACUGAUGAACCUGCCAAGUGCAACUCAGAUCUUCCAUGGUAUUUUGAAGAACUAAUGAUGGUAAAUGUGACACAGAGAAAAAAAUCAGAAUGUGAAUCAUCCAAUGACGGAGUUAAUGAAACGAUUGAAUUUGACUUCAGUAAUCAGGAGCCACAUUACAGACUCAGGCAGACAAGGUAAACCCCCUUGACGGUAAUCACUGCUCUCUUCCUGUGGGGUUCUGAUGGUUUUGUGCAACAGAAAUGGGCCCUCAAAAUGUCCAUGUGUCAGUUUUGCUUCCUGCUUCCAGAUUGUGACACAGAUCAGUGCAAACUCAUGCUUUGGGCCAUGAGAGACAUUGCUAAAACGUACAGACCUCAGUCACUUGUACAAUCCAAGGGUUUUACUGAAGAAAGAAUUGUCUCUGAAAUUCCAAUGAUAUCUUUUGUGACUGGGGAAUGUUCCAUGUCCAAGUCAGAGAUUCUCAAUAAGCUUUUGAGCAAUGUUUUUGUUCACAAGAAUAUGGAGUGUGGUGACACUCCAAGAAGAAUAUCCAAUGGACUGACUGAAAUAACUUGGUACCUUCCUUCUGGCAAAGAAAACAUUGAUAUUUAUACAACAAUGUGA